AUGGCAAUAAAGUGGUUCGACAGCUUGCCACCAAGAUCAAUCACAAGCUUUGAUGACCUCACCAAGAAGUUCUUCGCUCGGUUCUCCAUUCGGAAGGGCAAAACCAAGCACGCUCCAAGUUUACUAGGGAUCAAGCAGGGAGAUCGGGAAAAGCCUCCAAAGCUACAUGGAAAGAUUCAACAAGCAUGCUUGGAUAUACAAAAUCUCCCUACAGAAGCAGCCAUCAUGGGACUCAUCAAUGGUCUACGGGAAGGACCUUUCAGUCACUCUAUAUCUAAAAAGCAUCCGACAUCCCUGAACGAGGUACAAGAACGGGCCGAGAAGUAUAUCAAUAUGGAGGAAAACUCUCGACUAGGAGAAACCUCCAAAACCAUAUUUGCCUACCCAUCUCAGGACAAAGAUAAGGAAGCGAGGAAAUAG